AUGAUGGACCGCUUCUUCGCGCCCCACAGUCCCGAGGCUCAGGCCCAUAACCAUCUCACCGAAAACUGGUUCACCUGGGACCAGGAUCACCCCUCCUUCAAUGAGACCCUCACCUCCGGCUGCGCGACGUAUGAGGCCUUUAAGAGGUACCUCACCGGCGCGGACCUCUAUCUGGUCCCUCAGUCAAGGAAGGAGUUGGAGAAUGUGCUGCGCAGAUAUGCGUAUGACGCGAUUCACAACACCAUCGCCAAGUCCCGUUCUCAGCUUGAGCGCGGAGGCUACAGCAGGAUGUGCCACCUCGUUGAGGCUUCGAUUGACAAGGUCUUGAACGAGAAUGACAAUGCGGCUUCCCUACUUGAGCUCCACCGCCCCGUACAUGAGGGCAUGGCAGGCGACUUGACGGCGACACCCACGCGGUCGAUUCGGAUCAAGUAA